AUGAUGGCAGACAGGCGUGGGCGAAGCCCUAGGCGCCCAAGAGAAUCGAGAAACGAACCGCGACAUGCUGAACAUCAUCAACACGAUGAAGCGCGACGAAUGCGCCCAGCUCCUACCGAGUACCUUUCCUCCUCAUCGAGCUCAAGAUCCUCCAUGGAACUUGUUGAUAUAUCGCGUACAUAUCCCUCGACCCGAUCCGGUAUACGCUCAUUCUUCACGGCCCCUUCCGAGCGACGGAAGUUAAGGAGACGGAGGAGCAACCGACUAUUCAAACUUAAUAACUCCUCUUCGUCCUCGGUAAACAGUGAUCUUGCUUAUGGCACAGGUUAUAUAAAGCGACCCAAACUCAGGCGCGUUAGGUCUAGGACGGGCAAGGAGAUCGACAGGGAAAGAUAUUCAGAGAGGGAAGGGGGGAAAUAUCGUGCGAGUGAUAGGGAUCGACCAAGUGGGCCAGAACGCCGUGGUAAUACAGAAGCCGAAAUUCUAGCUGUUGGUGCAGGUCUCGCAAAGCUUGCGCGAGAUCAAAACAAAUUAGAUUUGAAAAACGCGAGGAAUGGAAAGCGGUCAGAUGUGGUUGGAGUGAGCCCGAGUGGCCACCCACUCCCCGGAGGAAGUCGCGGCCUUGCACCCUCCAAAAUAUCGCACGGUUCGGAUACAGUUGACGAGGAUGGUUGGGAGUCUGCGUCGGAUAAUGAGUCUGAUGGCAGUGUUGAUUCAAGGUUGGCGUUUGGCGGUGAGACCAAUGGCGGUUGGGGAUUCUGGGGCAAGAAGCGACAGCGCCCGCUAUCGAGGAAGAAUACCGUGGUCGAUCCUCGACUUUUUGGCCCUCAUAAUUCUCUUCACGGGUUUGUGGACCGACCUGUGGGAUUUGAAGAGAUAUCUCCGUGGAGUUCAUCAGGCAAUUUUGGCCCACACGAGCAGCCAUACGUGCCAGGGCCAAAUGAAAGCUUCAGUGGUUCACAGGCACCACUACAACGGGUCUAUCCAGUUCAAGGUCCAGAUCCGUCAAGGUUUGAAGCUGCAAGGAGUUCCGUUGUUUCUGGAUCGGAAUCUUAUAUAACGGCCAGACCGGACCCUGUUCCACUGCAGCACCCUCAGCCUUAUACGCCUGUUUCCCAGAAUGUAUAUGAGCCUACAUAUCCUGCGCCAUCUGAGCCGAGGAUGGCCCCUUCAUCGUCAAGCCGAACCCAUUCCGUUGGUCAGGGUGCUCUAGUAGGCGCUGUAGGUGCUGCCGCCAUUGGGGCUGCAGCAAUAGCUUUAGACCGCAAGGAUGACCGAAAAGACAGCCGCCGAGAUGAAGACCGUGAUGAAGGUCGGGUGAAGCGUCGAGACAGCGAUAGGAAAGGAUCUAAGCAUGAGCGCCGGCGGGACAAGCACGAUAGCCCGACCCGAGACGACCGUAAAGAGAAGCACCGCGACAAGGAGCGGAAGACGGACGAGUCUCGCUAUUCUGACGAGCAGCGUAGAGAGAAGAAGCGUGAGAAACGACGUGAUGAGGUACGUGAUGGCGAUCGUGAUGAGAGACGUGAGAAGCGCCGCGAAGGGCGCCGGGACGAUCAUCGUGAUGACCGUUCAGACGUGGCUCCUCGUUCAGAAGCCCGGCAGGACGAUAGGAGGCCUAAGAACGAGGCUGUAGCAUCUACAUCGUCAGUAGACCGCGUAUAUCAGGCUGGCGAUCGAGCAGAAGCUGGGGACCACUCCCAUGGACACCACCGAAUCGCUUCAGUACCUACCGUUGUGACCGUGGAACGAGAGCCAGACUUCACCCGCAAAACAGGUUUCUCAAUUAAGGAACGGCCAUCGACUUAUGCGUCUGAUUACCAAAAAGACUACUCUGAACGGGAUGAGAGGCGGGAUCACGGUUUACAUGAGGCAGAAGCCAUUUACAAGGAGACCGAGCACUCUACAGCCCCGAUUGCUGGUGCUGCGAUCGCAGCGGCAACUGCAGUUGUCGCUGCUGAGAGUUAUCGUGAGUCAAGAUCUGAUAAAAGAAGGGAUGAGCGACGUAGUUGGCAGAGCUCAGAUUACGAUCAUGACGAUCCCGAUUACAAGCCACGCGGCAGAGAACCUGCAAAAGAGCGCGAUCAUGUCCAGGAAGAAGCCGAUAGAGCUUACCGUGAAAUUGUUAUGGCCCGGAAGAUUGCAUCGCAAGUUAUCCGCUCACGCUCUGCUUCUCCCGAUCCCUCGAUUGUAUCAAAGUACGACCAAACCGAAGAAGAGGAAACACCGCGGAUCGUUACGCCACCUGAAAUGGAGCAUCCCAAAGAGAAGGGACCUUACGAUGCUCCUAAUGCAGACUUCCACCCAGACUAUAUCCUGGAGGAUCCCCGGCAAUUGCGGACAUUUAGCCUUCCUUCCAUCAGCUUAGAUCGUUCAGAUCCCGGGGCUGGAUACUUAAAACGAGAUGCUGAUGCCUCGAUGCCUCGUCCAUAUUUGAACCUCGUCCAUCCCACGCCAGUACCAUCCCCUCGACCAGAGCAGCAGGCCACUCGCUCAGAAUAUGCACACUCGGAGUCAGAUCACUCAGAAACCGCCCGCUCAGAGCCUAAGUCUCAAGAAUGGGACGAGAAACCCCGCUCAUCUGCAUCGGAUGUCGUUAUAGGGCCAAGGGGCAACGUGAUUUCAUCACCAACAAGCUCGACCGUCUCUAAAGCAGUUACCUGGGGAGAAAAUGAGACCAAGCAUUUUGACGUAGAAAGUCCUUCAGAUUAUAGAGAAGAAUAUGCGUCAGGAAUUCGGUCUCGUGAUAUUUCUCCCGAGAUCAAACCACAGUCCAAGCCAUCUGGCACUGCAAAGAGCAAGGGAUGGGGUGCGAUUGCGGCUGGUGUUAUUGGGGGCGGCGUAGCUGCCGCAGCAGCAAGCUCUAGCGAUACAUCUAAAAAACCCAAGGAUGAUGAGAGAGAGAAAAGCCAGGUCGACCCUUACGAAUACCGUGGCGUAGUUGUUGAGCCGGAGAGUCCACAAACGAAAGGCCGAAGGCGACGGAGUCCGCCCUCUCCAGAUUCAGAAAUAUCUAGUGCCCAGCUCUCCCGUGUUCCUGGAGCUUUUGAUGAUGACUUGGACUUUACAGCUACAGUCGCUGCAGGGCUACAAGACACAGGCUUCGAUCCCAACAUUGUCAUCGAUGACCCGUCCUUCCGUAGACGAGAUUCUCCGCCUGGUACGAAUGAAUCUGGGGCUUACCGAACCCCAUUUGCGGAAACCGUCUCCGACCUGAGUAAGAUACCGCCAACCUUGUCUGGUGCCGAGGAAUCCUCGCCAGGCUAUGCCAUGGGGGAUGCAGAUGAUACCCCUCGAGAUUGGCGCAGCAUGUCGCCCGACCAUGACAAGGCUCCCACCAAGCUUAGCAAGAAAGAGCAAAAGAAAUGGGAUAAGAUCGCGAAAAGACAAAGCAUAGAUGUAGCCCCCUCCGAUCCUACUCCAAUUUUCGAAGAGCCUGAGCCCGAGUCCUACUUCGAUGCUCCUAAAUUGAGUAAGAAAGAGCAGAAGAAGCGUGAUAAGGAGGCGAAAAGGCAAAGCAUUCAGGCUGAGGAUAUUACACCACUCGCGGAACCGUCCAUUAGUCGCGAAUUUGUUGAAGAACCCGAAAGCUACAUCCAAACCCCCAAGAAGUCAAAAAAGAAAUCCAAGAAAGGCUCAGCGACCUUUGACGACGACGCAGAAUUCCCUUCUCCCAGUGAAUCGCGUGAUGAGCGAAGAAUUUCUGUUCCAAUUGACGCUUUUGAUGAUGUGCAGAACGACGAUGAUGAAUGGAAUGAGCCUAAGAAAUCAAAAAAAAAGUCAAAGCGCGAUAGCGACCGUUACGACUCCCCUGCUCGCUCUGCCGGCCCUGAGAUCUCGUCUGAAAUAGCAAGAUCCUUCAAGCAUGACCCAACCGAGGUAUCUCUUCCACCAAGCACCCCUUCUGAAACAAGCCAGGAUAGGGAAUUUGAUGAUUCAAGGAAGUCGAGGAAGUCUUCAUCACGAGACAGUGCUGUUUUUGAUACGUAUGAUCGCGAUGACUCUCGGUCGGUAGUUUCGGAAGCCACAUCACGAUAUGAUGAACCUCGGAAGUCAAAGAAAAAAUCAAGAAGCGGCACUAAAGAUGAUUUUGACGACACAAGGUCUGUUGUUUCGGUUGCUUCGGCUCCUGCUUGGGAUGAAUCCUCAAAGAGGAGCAAGAAGAAAGACAAGGAAAAGAAAAGCAGCGGAUUCUUUGGCAUGUUCGGUUCCAAGUCUGAAUCAGGUGCGGGAGAUGAGAGUCCCAAAGGAUCAAAGGACGACUACGAGGACGUGAAAAAGAAGAGCAAGAAGUCGAAAAGAAGCUCUCUUCCCGAUUCUUCAGGUUUCUAUGGCGAUAUGGGUGCCGAGUCUACGAGUGAUCUCUCGCGUUCGGUAUCAAGUGGCCACCAUUCGCGCCGGUAUGAUGAUGACCAAGACGACGGAGGACGUAGUGACACGGAAAGGAAAAAAUCUCGAUCCAGAACAGGAAGUGCAUCUUCGAAGAAGGAUUCUUUUUUAGGUAAUGCCGGCACCCUGGGCGCGGGUGUCGGCAUUGCCGGUGCUGCUGCUGUGGCUAUUGCCGCUCAGCACCACCGACAAUCAAAAGCCGCCAGAGCCUAUGAUGAGGCUCUGUUGCAAGAUCAUUCCGAGAGAAAUGAUAUCUCGUCAGCAAGAGACGAGAUAUUCGAUCCUGAGAUCGCUGAACGGGAUUUUAGACCGUCUAUCGAUCCUCAAUAUGGCGAUCUACUCCCAUUACCCCCAAGUGACCCAGUGACUCCAGAUACUGAGCCACUUGACGACUUGCCGCAUCUGCCUGAGAGUCGUCCAGACACUCCAGAAGCCGAGCGAUUAGCUAAGGAGAGAACAAGAAGUACUUUCCGUAAAAAUUUGCAGGAGACCCCUAUGAAAUCUCCAAGUCAAAGUGCAGUGCCGUUGAAAUUUAUCAUGGGGAACAGAUCUACGCCUUCAUCGCCUGGUCUGGUGCGGUCCUCUCCAAUGCAAUCUCCCGCAACCCCGGACUCACUUAUGUUCCCCAAAAGCAAUAGGUCUAGGCCGACAUCCUGGGAGAAUGGAAAAGAGUAUCGGCCGCUAUGGCUUCCGGAAAGCAGUCGACGCGGAUUAACUGAGGAGAACGAACCUGAGGAUCCUCUACCAGCUUUGCCUCCAAGCAAAACAACAUCGCGGAGCUCCUCGCAGCUUGACUUUGAUGAUCUUUCGCAGUCACGCGACUUCGAUCAGUCUCGCCCCGACUGGGUAGACCGUCCGAGUGAGCCUUUAUUUAUCGACACUGAACUUGCUUCUUCUAAAGUGUCCGCUGGGCUACUCGACUCCCAGCAGUCUACUCCAAAAGCUAAUGUUCCAUUCAACGACUUUGAGCAACGUGACCUAUCCUCUAACGAGUCCGAAUAUGCUGAUGCUUUGAGUCUUCCUGCCCAUUCACCAAGUCGACCAUCGUCGCCCAUCCUGGAUCGAAAAACUGGAACAUCUAGUGAUAUUUCCUCUCAAGCAAUUGCUGGAGUGGCACUGGCGUCUGCAAUUGGUUACUUAGCUUCAUCUCACAAGUCCGAUGAAGCCGACCCACAGGAACUACCGCUACUACAACAGCAGCCCGCCCCGGCCGACCCAAUGUCGAAAGAUAGAAGUUCUUAUUUACUUAGGUCAUCACCGAUGUCACGAAAUUAUGAUGGUGUUGGGCCCGAGCAGCAUGAUGUGGAUUCUCCUAGCCGCCGAAAGCCACCUCGUACCGAUAGUGACACCCUGCACAGUAUACAAGAGCCAGAGGCUAAUGAUACCCUCGAGCGGGAAAUCGAACUGCCCACGGAAAGCUUAAAGCAAGACAGGGAACGGGCUCUUCGGGCCCUUUCUGGAUCAUCAUACGAUGAAGGCCCUCAGCAGGAGAUUACCGGCAGAGAACUCGGAGAGCAGCUCAUAUCAGAUAUGCCUCGUGAGCUAGCGCGGGAUACUGAUGCUGGAAUGGCUCAACCCGAAACCGAGCCAACUGAUGAAUUUGUCCUGAAAAAGUCGAAGAAGGAUAAGAAGAAGCGCAAAUCGCUUGCUUUGUCCUCUACACUAGAUGAUACUGCUCUACCGGAGGCCAGCAGCGAAGCCCCUCGAGAAGCUAUCAGUCACGCCGAUGCCGAACCAGAUGAUGAAUUUUCUUUGCCUAAGUCUAAGAAGGAUAAGAAAAAGGACAGGAAGAAAAAUAAGGCAGUAACAUUGGACUUCGAUGAGGACGAGAAGCCAUCACAUCAGAUAGAAGACUCAAUCAUAGAAGCCGAUCGUUCCAUCCCGGAGUCUAUUUCAGCAACCGCAGAGGAAUUUACGACUCCGUCCAAGAAAAGCAAGAAAAAGGACAAGAAGGGUAAAUCAAAAAUUUCCUGGGAACCAGAACCUGAAGAGGAUACUGUGUCGCAGUUGCCCGAAGAGUCACUACACCAGCCUGCUCAAGAGACAGCAAUCGAAGCGCCAAUAUCUGUCGAGCCCGAGGGUAUUGAAGAAACUCCCUUUGGUACAUCUAAAAAGGACAAGAAAAAGGGUAAAAAGGGUAAAUCCAAGAUGAUCUGGGAACAAGAGCCUGAGCAGGGGGUGUCGAAAAUGCCCGAAGAGUUUCUGUGCGAGCCUACCCAAGAGACGGCAGUCGAUGUGCCAAUAUCUGUCGAGCCCGAGGCCGUUGAUGAACCGUCCUUUUCUACGUCUAAAAAGGACAAGAAAAAGGGCAAAAAAGGCAAAUCUAAGAUGUCCUGGGAACAAGAGCCUGACGAGGACACAUCACAAGUUGUCGAGGAGGCUGUACCUGAGCUAAGCCGAGAUGCCAUAGCAGAACAGGCGCCUACCGAGUCUGAAGCUUUAGAUCAGAAAUCUUCUAAAUCGGAGGUUGACUGGGACGCUAGUGAGAAGGAUAUGCCACAGGUUCCUGGGCAGUCUCGCCCACAAAUGAACCAAGAUGUAACAGACACAUCAACCCCCGUCGAGGCCGAAAGCGUAGACGAACUUGUUUUCAAGUCAAAGAAGGACAAGAAAAAGGGCAAAAACAAGGCUAAAGCCACCCCAGCGUUCGACAUCGAGAUGGACGACUCCUCGCCACAGCCACAGCCACCCCAAGAACCAUAUCCAGAUCAAAGUGUAGAAGAUCCCGAACUGAUACCUACGGCAUUAGAGGAAGAUGUUCAAGAGGAGGCAUUUUCUUUGAAAUCGAAGAAAGGGAAGAAGAAGGACAAAAAGAAGGGCAAAUCCGCUCCAGUUUGGGAGCCAGAGAAUGCCGAGUCCGAGUCCGGCCCAAGUAUGGAAGCCUCCAACCCCUCCGCUGACCAACCACCUGUCGAGGAAUCAUCUGCCACCCCAGCCGAGUUUGAGCUUUCAGAGGCCCGAGAUACCAAGGCAAAUGAGCACAAGCCGAGUGAUAUGGUUUCCCGCGGCGCACCACUUGAAGUUGGCAAAACAACCCCUCGAGAGAUCUUCCCAUCCGAUGACUUUGACGGCUUUGAACCCAAGAAAGGCAAAAAGAAAAAUAAGCGCAAAUCCGUAGCGGUAGUUGAACCGUGGGAGGAAGUGGACAUCUCGAAGCCGUCUUCUGCAGAUUUCCAGGCAGAUGGCAGCCAAGAAGCUUCUGUGGGACAUGCACAUGACCAAACCUAUCAGGAAACGCAUGAAGAUAGCUUCCAAGAUACCUUUUUAGAUGCCGUAGAAGAGCAUCCUCAGGGUGCGCCUGGAGAUGAAAGUCUAGCAGACGUCAAAGAACUCCCUCAAGGAACGGAACAAGCCCCCCCGGAUGUGGAUGACCAACUCCUGAAAGGGACUCCCUCAAACGUUGUGGAAGAGCUUGUUCCAGAUCUGCCUGAAGGAUCUUCAGCUCUAGAAAGCCUGCCUGUUCAAGAGUCGAAGAAGUCAAAGAAAAAGAAAGGCAAAGCGGCAAUGAAGUGGGAGCCUGAGGAGGAGGCUGCAGAAGCAUCGGCCCCAACAGAGGUUGCAGACUUCCAAGAGUUUGCGAUGCCGGGUUCCAAGAAGGGCAAGAAGAAAGGCAAAAAAUCACAAUCUUUUACCCCUGAAGAGUCUUUUGCCCCAAAGCCAUCUAUGGAGGGAUCGAGUGAAGCAAUUACCGAGCCCACCGAGCCUGAAGCAGCGACCGACGAUCCGAUUGUCCCUGAUAAGGUCGCAGAGGAAGAAUUCGAGGCAUUCGCUACUCCCGGCUCGAAGAAGAACAAGAAAAAGUCGAAGAAAUCAAAGUCCUGGGAUGUAGAGCCUGACUUGGGGAAUCCAGCGGACACCAUAGAUGGUAAGCGAUCAGCUAAAACGAGGGAUCUUGAAGCCACUCUAGCACCUGGGGAAUUGGCGGACCCCACUGCGCCACCCUCCAUGAAGGGAGAGGACUACCUGCCCUCAGCUACAGCUGUAUUUUCUGCUGCUGCGGUGGCUACUGGUGCUGCACUUCUCGCUACACAGAUGUCGGAGAAAGGUCACCGAGCGAAGGAUUUUACUCGUGACUGGUCUGAUGCGACAGAACCUUUCGACAUUGAUGAAUCCCGAUUAACUGAGCAGCAAAUCUCAAUUGACCCAACGAAGCCUGAUGGCCUUGCCGCUGGUUAUGAUAACGAUCAGCUCAGUCUUGCCAGACAGCUGCAAGAGGAAUUCGGUUCCGGAAGUAAGAAAUCGAAGAAGGAUAAGAAGAAGCGCCAAAGUCUGCCUGCAACACCUGAUCCUGAGAGCUCCAGGUCACGUCCAGUUGAUGAGCCCACCGACUUGCUUCCUCGCGCUAGGAGCCUUUCUAUAGGCCCCGUGACAGAAAGCGGCGCUCCCAAAAACGCUUACUCCGAGGAGCAGCUGGAACUUGCUCGUCAACUCAAAGCCGAAUUUGAAAAGGGAAACAAGAAGUCUAAGAAAGGCAAGAAGAGCCGACAGGGGUUCUCAGAGCCGGCGGCUUGGGAUGAUGCUUCCCCUGAUCAGCAUACAGAAGAUGCUGCUACCAAGGGAGCUGAGGCUACAGCCGAAACGCCCAAUCCGGACACGACCGAGGGUACGACAAAGGCCGAUGGGUUAGCUGCAGGGUAUCAAGAGGACCAGCUGUCUCUCGCACGACAACUACAGGCGGAAUUUGGGAAGAAAUCCAAGAAAGACAAGAAGCGUAGAAGCACUUCCCAAACGCCUCAAGCUGAGGAGCCGCGUAACGAUUAUUUUGGAGACACGUCCCAAUCAGUAGUCGCUGACAAACCACCAAAUGAGUAUCCAACCGAGCUUCAGGAGCAAAUGACUAACGAUGGCGAGAUGGCUCGAGAUGGUCUUGCGGCUGGCUAUAAGGAAGAUCAGCUUGAGCUAGCACGACAACUGAAGGAAGAAUUUGGAUCUGGCUCUAGCUCUAAAAAGUCCAAGAAGGACAAAAAGGGCAAAAAGGCUGAUAAGUUACAUCGUGCUUCCACAUAUGAUGAUUCUUUUCCAGGGACUCCAACUGGAGAAUCCCAGGAGCCCCUCAAUGACGAUAUCUCACAGCCACAGCCAGAGCCUGCUGAAGAGAGCGCAAUUGCCCCUGUUGUUGUGGAACCGGAAAAUGAAUUUGCUUUUAGUACCAAGAAGUCCAAGAAAGACAAGAAGGGCAAAAAGCGCCAAAGCCUAGCUCUCACUGCUACUGAUGAUGGUUUCCCUUCUCUAAACCCCGCCACGGGAGCUGAAGAGCCUGUCAACAAUGAUACUCCACAGCCCGAGUGGUACGAAGCCACUGCUGAGGAUCUCGGACGCGUAGCCAUCACUACCGAGCAAGAUAAUGAGUUUGCUCCUGAUAAAAAGUCUAAGAAAGACAAAAAGGGCAGGAAGCGCGAUACGGUUCUUACUCCAAUUGAUGACGACGUCUCUUCAGAGCCUAUUCCCAAAGCUAGUGAGGAAUCACAAGAUGUCGAUACUCUCCAACCUGAUGUUCAGCAACAACUGCCCAGCGAACCAGGGGCACAAGCUAACGAGCCGACACUUGACUCCGAAUUUCUCCCAGAAACAGAACUCACGCCUUUAAUUGGCGAGCCUACCUCUGAAACCGCCGAGCCCAAUGAUUAUUUUGAGUCUUCCAUCAAGAAAUCAAAGAAAGAAAAGAAGAGCAAAAAGCGUCAGAGUCUUUACAGCGCGAGUGACGAAGCUAUACCUUCGAGCAUCCUAGAUACUGAGGCGGACAAGGUAACUCGAGACGUUGAUAUUUCUCAAGCUGAAGUUAGCCCGCCUUUUGCUGACGCGGCGACUCCCGAGUCUGUUGAUGACUUUGAAUUCUCUACGAAGAAGUCUAAGAAGGACAAGAAGGGCAAAAAACGUGAGAGUCUUCGUAGCGCUAGUGAUGAAGCAGUACCUUUUGGCAGCCAAGAUACUGAGGCGGAAGCUACUCGAGACGUUGAUAUAUCCCAGCCCGACAUUGCUCAACCUGCCAGCGAAACUGCGAUUGCUGAUCCCGUGGAUGACUUCGAGUUUACUACGAAGAAGUCUAAAAAGGACAAGAAGGGCAAAAAACGCGAGAGCCUUCGUAGCGCUGGUGGUGAAAUUGUACCUUUGAGCAUCCCAGAUGCUGAUGCGGAAGGUACUCGAGAUGUCGACAUCUCCGAGCCUAACAUUAUCCAACCGUCUAACGAACCUGCCACUGCCGAGCCUGUUGAUGACUUUGAGUUCUCCCCGAAGAAGUCUAAAAAAGACAAGAAGGGCAAGAAACGAGGCAGCCUUCUUCCUGCCACCAUGGUCAUGGAGGACAUUUCUUUUGCUGGCAAUGACAAUGAGAUGGACGACUCGCUCGAUCCUACCAUUUCUCGCGAUGGUUCUCCUACUCCUCCUAAGGAGCCCGAAUCUGUUCCUGCCGAUGAUGAAUUUACUUUGCCAUCUAAAAAGUCGAAGAAGGACAAGAAGAAGCGCCAAAGUAUUACAACUCAAGAGGAUGUCGCACCGAUCGCCCCACUGCAGCAAGAGCGUGCUACCACGCCACCUCUUGCAAGUAACGAUCUCUCGACUUCCGAUACGCCAGUUGCGAUCCUUUCCACGGAAGCUGCCAACGAGGCUCCUGAUGAUUUUACCCUGACAUCAAAGAAGUCUAAGAAGGAUAAGAAAAAGCGACAGAGCUUACUCCCCGCAUCAACGUUCGAUAGUCUACCGGAAGAGACAAUGGAAGGACAAGACUUGCAGUUUUUCUCGGGCAACCAAAAUAUCGAUACCGAUAUAGACGCCACCGUUCCUCCACCGAAUGAGUCUCGACAUGAAUUUCAAACUUCUAAGAAAAAGCAAUCGAAAAAGGAUAAGAAAAAGCAGCAGAGCAUGCAAGAAGCCUGGACACCCGACGAAAAUGCAGAGGAUCUUGAGAAGCCAAGUAUUAUCCAACCUGGGCAGGGUGAUAACGAGGAGGCUCAGCGAGAUCUACCAGAACCAACGCUUGCCAUGGAGAACCCCACUGCUCAUGACAUUAUCAACCGCGAUCCAAUUGCUGAUGAAGAGACGAUUUUCCCUCAAACAUCUGCUGAAGCUCCGGACAAUGCCUUCGACAGCUUUCCUUCGAAGAAGGAUAAGAAGAAACGCAAAGGUUCUUCCAAGCCUGACUCGGGACAACCUUCAGACGUAUCUACUUUCGUAGACCCUCCUGACGAACGCAAGGAUGGGGCCAUCGAGUCUUCGUUGCUAGUUGAGAGCGUACCAAGAGACGUCGCAGUAGUUGAUUCCCGAGAGCCUGCUACUGCAUUAGAUGUUGAAGGAACGGGAAUUUGGGAUGCUUUCACGGCCAAGAAAUCCAAAAAAGACAAGAAGAAACGAAAAGAUACGACAAGCGGUUCAGGGGACCCACCUGGAAUCUCCACAUCUUUGGAUACUUCGCCGGAUGCCACCGAACCAAGCCUACAGCCGGAGGUUCUCCUAGAGAAAGACGCACCCGGGGGGGAAGCCCGGGAUUUGCAACUAGAUAAUGUGACGCCCGACACUACAAAAGACACCACCGACGAGCCUCCGCAAGAUGAUUGGGCUUUCCUUCCUUCCAAGAAAUCUAAGAAAGACAAGAAGAAGCGCACAUCUGGUACCUCUACCCCAAUCGAAAACAUUCCUAGGCAGAGUGCACCUCCCGAGGAAGCGGUUUGCGUGGAGCCAUCAAACUCCGCCGCUAUUCCAGAGGACACCGCCGAGGCGCCUGUGCAAGAUGACUGGGCUUCCCUCCCUUCUAAGAAGUCCAAGAAAGAUAAGAAGAAGCACGCGUCUGUAAUUGAAAGCAUGCCCGAGACAGACGCACCUGCGGAAGAACCGGUUGACGCGGAGGCAUCAAAUUCCGCCGCUAUUCUAGAAGAGCACGCCGAGACUCUUAUGCAAGAUAACUGGGCUUCCCUCCCUUCUAAGAAAUCCAAGAAAGAUAAGAAGAAGCGCGCAUCUGUAAUUGAGAGCAUACCCGAGACGGAUGCACCUACCGAAGAACCUGUCAGUGUGGACGCACCAGGUUCCGCCACUGUCCCAGAAGAUAUCGAAGAACUAUCCACAACCCAGGAUGCAUCUAUUCCUCCUACAACCCAAGAGACAACUCAAGAGCCAGUAGCGGAUGAGUGGGGCUUCUCUUCCAAAGUAUCCAAGAAAGACAAGAAAAAACGCAAAUCCGGAGUCUCCACGCCAAUUGAAAACAUUCCAGAAGAAGCCAAAGCCUUUGAAGAGCCCGUCAACGCUGGAGAGCCAUCCACUGCAACUAUCACCAAAGAUAUUGUUGAAGAACAUAUUCAGAUUGAGAACCCAACCCCUGCAGAUACCCCGGAGCCGGUUAAAGACACGGUAGAUGAUGAAUGGGCGGUCCCCAUGAAGAAGUCUAAGAAAAAGCGGAAUUCUGGUCUGUCGACGGCAACUGAAAGCAUCCCAGAAGCAACCAAAGCUUUGCAAUAUUCUGUCAACGCUACGGAGCGAUCUACUCCUAUUACCGCAACCGAUCUUGUUGAGGAACCUAUCCAGAUUGACGAUCCAUUUACUACUGAUACUCAGGAGCCGGUCAAAGAACCUGGAGACGACGAAUGGGCGGUCCCCAGCAAGAAGUCUAAAAAGGACAAGAAGAAGCGUAAAUCCGGUGUGUCAACGCCAAUGGAAAGCGUUUCAGAAGAAACCAAAACAUCGGAAGACUCUAUCAAUGCUCCAGAGCUAUCUCCUACCAUCAUCACAGCCGAUCUUGUUGAAGAACCGAUCCAAAUUAAGGAUUCACUUACUGCUGAUACUCAGGAGCCGGUCAAAGCAAUAAGAGAUGACGAAUGGGCGUUCCCGGUAAAGAAGUCUAAAAGGGAUAGCAAGCGUAAAUCAGGCGCUGCUACCCCAAUUGAGAGCGAACCGGUUCAAGCUCCUGAAGUGUCAAUAAAACUUGAGGAAUCACCUGCCGCUAUUGCUACGGAGCGGACUCUUGAAAUCCCUCCCAUAAUUGACCCGUCAGUUGCUCCUAUUACAGAACAACCACCGCAAAGUGCCGGAGAUGAUGACUGGGCCGCGAUCCCUUCGAAGAAAUCGAAGAAAGACAAGAAGAAGCGCAAGUCGGGUCUUUCAACACCAAUAGAGAUAUCGGAAGAGACAACGCCUUUGGAAGAGGAGAUAGAGAAAGGUGCCCCUACCAUUACUUCGCAAGAUGCUAUCAUUGAACCUUCGGAGCCAAAAGAUUAUGCCGCCGAGGAGCCGGCUCAAGAGCCAAUGGAAAAUGAAUGGCCAUCAACGUCAACUAAAAAGUCGAAGAAAGAUAAGAAAAAGCGCAAAUCUGGAAUAUCUACUCCAAUCGAAGAGGUGGUAGACAAACCUGGUCUUGGCGACGAGCAUAACGUAGAGUUUGGCGGGCCUUCUCCUGAAAAGGAAGCAUCCACGUCACCUACGGCAGAACAGCUAGUUGAAACGCCGCCCGAGCCGAAAGACACCAUUGCCACGGGUAUCGCCGACAAGCCUCUCGAGGAGUCAUCUAAUACACCUGGUUCCAGAGACAUUCUCGACGAAGAACCUUCCCAGCUAGAAGAGCCCUACACUGCAAAGGGAGAAACCGAAGAUCCGGUAGAUGAGUGGGCUUCAUAUUCAACAAAGAAAUCCAAGAAGGGCAAGAAGGAUAAAAAGAACAGUAAAUCUGGAUUUCCAACCCCCGCUGACGACGUUCUUGAGAAAACUACACCCGUCGAAGAACCUUCAGCCGUUCCCUCAACUCUUGAACCCGGGACAGAAAUUGCGGUAGAUGAUCUCAAAGCUAGCUUUAUUAGCAAUUCUAUGGAAGGCGAUAAAGACAAAAGUAAAGCUAAUGGUGAAGAUUCCUCAAUUUCGGAGCAGCUGUCUGGCACUCUUCGCAGCCAGGAUACCGUUGAGCCUACCGUAGCCGAGGAACAGGCCCCAACAAUCAUCCCGCAAGAUAUCUCUCGGGAUCCAGAGGGCGAAUGGGCUCCUAUCUCGUUGAAAAAGGCAAAAAAGGACAAGAAGAAUAGGAAGUCCGGCUUAUCCGCCCCAGCUGAGGUAGAAGCGCUAGCUAGUGCAUCUGAACUCCAAAAGACCGAAAUAGGAGUUUCCGAGGAGUCGUUCUCGCAGUCACUCUCUACUGAGCACGCUCAGCUUCCACCUGUCAUAUCCGAAGCUUCGCCUGAAAAUGAGGAAGAAAAUAGUCAAGAAGCUGCAAACGAUGGCUUCGGGUUCGUCGCGAAGAAAUCCAAAAAGGACAAGAAAAAGGACAAACGAGCGUCCCGAACAGGUUCUGUGGACCUGGUGGAAGAGACUUCGGCAGCUAGCAACUUAGCCGCACCACUGGACAGUACCGAAGUUGAGACAUCAAUUGCCCCCGAGCGUGAAGUAGCAGACAAUGGUGGUGGAGAGGAACAGGGCACCCUAACUACGGACAAACCCCUAGCAUAUGAAAGCAAGGUGACGGAUCUAAUCGUUGAAGCAGCGAGGGACGACGACGCCGAACCAUUCGCUAGCGGCAUUUCAAGGAAGUCGUCGAAAAAAGACAAGAGGAAGCGACAAGCAACGGUUGACCUAACCGCGACUGGCGAGACCGAAUUGGCAAAAGAGCCUUUGACAUCUUGGGCAUAUGAGGUGGAAGAAGCGGAGGUGGAAAGGAAGUUGCCAGUCAUAGAAGACAUUGCCAAGGAUGGAUCUCUAUCACGUAUUGCAAGCACAACCGAAGCCGUGCCCGUGGAUGAUUUCGUCAGGCCAAAUAAAAAGGGCAAGAAAGGUGCGAAACGGAACUCUGCCCUGUUAGAGUCUGGGGAUUCUUCCCGCGCUCCGAUCGGGGGAAGGUCCCCUUCGACGACGCCUGCAAAGGAUAGUAUCAUUCCCUCUCUAGCAACGACAGGUGCGAUUCUUGCAGGCGCAGCACUCCUCAACAGUUCCAAUGACACGCCAACCAUAUCAAAGGACCCAACAGGCAGUGGUUCAAGGGCUAUCGAGCCAGUCGAGGAGCCAGAGCGACCCACCCCGACUAGAAAACUAUCAAAGAAAGAAAAGCGUAAAAUGAGCAUUGAUCGCAGAGCUCCGAAGGAUGAUAUUUUCGAUGAUCCGGCUCUCUGGGAAGGCGCCGAUCCAAAAGAGUUCGAAGAAGCUAAGGAUACCCAGGAUGAUAGUGGUGGCGAUGGCUUCUGGUCCGCUCCUGAUGAGGAUAAUAAAUCCGAUACACCAGCAAUUAUACCACAUGAGCCAACCAGGAGCAUAAAAUCUACAAUGCAUGCUCAGGAAGAACAACUCGCCAGAACCUCUCCGGCGCCAGAAGCAAGGGCAAUCAUGCCACAUCACACAGCGGAGCUUGAUCAAAUGAGCAGUCAUGCUAUAAUAACCGGCCUUCCAAGUGUCAGUUAUCCAGAGGCAUAUAUCACCGAGGCUUCGCCCAUCGUGGGAGCCCCACCAGUCAACAAUCAACGUAUCUCCUCUCCAUCAAGCUUUGAUAAUCAAGAUAGCCCCGAGGGUGGUAUUGUGUUUGAAGACACUCCUGUUAGCCGCAAUCUAUUUGGAAACAGUAAAUUUGGCCGCACCGGAUUUUCUGAUUUGCCAGUUGUUGCCGAAGAGAAUCCAACCGAAAUCGAAGUAGAUGAUUAUCGCGUAACGCAUUCUCAUGAUGCAUAUGGGCCCAACCGAGAUAGUGCAUUUGUAACAGAGUCGCCAAUUCCAGACCAAGGAGCUUUUACAAAUUACCAUGAGCAUGUUCGUGACAGUGGUGUGCAUCUACGUGGCGCUUCGCCAUCUGAUGGAGCACCCGCACAUAUCUCUGCCGCAGAUGCUGCCAUUGCCAGCCUCUCUUGGCCUUCUGUCGAUGAAGAACGAGAGACGGUUAACCUCCAUAAGCUCCACAGGGCAACGGCCGGCGCCCCAGCUAAGCAGUCUCGCCAUGAGAGUGCUGAACGGGAGAGGCGCGAAUUGUCCAGGCCCAGAGGUGAUGAUGUCGCUGAUUUUUUCCGUGUCGAGAGGUCGCACGAAGCGAGACCAGUCAAGCAACACCACGAAGAUAUAUCAUCCCUAGAUCUUCUCCCUUCUCAGCAAGUUAAGCAUGAAAAGCAACCCGACCUCCAUCGAACUUCGGCAAUACACAAGCCAACUGGAGACAAAUCACAUAAGCAUGAUGGGGAAAGGACUUUAAGUCGCGAUACCUUGCCGUCUCAACGAGCAAAGGAAGAGAAGCAUAUAGAUCUCCAUCGAUCUCAAACCAUCCAUCGGUCAGCCGAGGAUGGGCCAAGCUCACAUCAUGGUACCAAGGUCACAAGCCGAGGUAUCUCUCCACCACAGCGAGAGAAGAGCGACAGAAUUACAGAGGUUCCUCGAAAUGACAGUAGCCAUAGUUCAUCAAAACCGACUCAAGAAAGCCUAUUUAAACAACGUCUACAGCGGUUUGAAUCCCCAGAAGUCUACCAAGCUGCAAAACCAAGAGAAGACACCAGCGUAAAGAAACGCGUGCAACGGAUCCAGUCCCCAAGCAUCCAAGAACCCACACAACCCAAGGACGAGAAGUAUGGCGAGCUUAAUCGCUCCCAAACACCCAAGGCUGAGCGACCCGCUGCGUUCAGUGACAAUAAUAUUGCGGGCGCUGCAGCUCUUGCUGGAGCAGCUGCUUUGGGAUUUGCAGCUGCCCGUCAGCUAAGUCAAGAAAAGCGGCCAUCAAGUGGCCAAAGCCAGAGAUCGUUUUCUCCUAACAUCAAUCGACUGCGGACGCCGGAUCCCAAACUUCGCCCAGACAGUGUAACGGGCAGUCGUUCUGGUACUCCUCCACUUCGCCGAAGCGAUCGGAAAAUCUCCGGCGACUUGAGGUCUCUCAGCCAACGGAGUCACGUGGACAUCGCUAAAGAAGCUGAGCUUGCCGCCGCCACCUCCGCGGUGAGCGCUUCCAACCCGAGCAUAACAGCAACCACAAACCCAACAGCAAACGAGGGCCGGGUCCGGACCAAAGACAUGGCAGAUGUCUAUGACGGCUUCGGUGAAGGCCGCAUGGGCUCACCACGCUCUCCGACUCGACCCCACAGCAUGCGCCGCCGUCAAAGCAUGCAAGUCCUCGACCUCGAAUCCAAAGUCGAACAAUUAGCUGCUGAGAAUCGCAUGCUCGAGGAAGCCAAAGCUCAAGCUGAACGGACAUUGCAAUCAACGCAUCAUACCUCUUCCUCGUUGGUGGAAAAAGAUGCAGAAAUCGACAGCCUGAAACGAACGCUCGAUUGGCUACAAAACGAAGUUACCAAACUUACAGAGGUUAACGACGGCCUGAAGAGCGCGAAUGUUACUCUUGGAAAUCAGCAAAAUGAGCGAUAUGGCAUGCUCGAAUCGCAACACGCGCAAUCGGCGCGCGAGCUACAGGAAGUUCGCGAUGCGCACCAUAACCUAUCUACAGGUAUGGACGGAAUUGUGAUGGCUCAGGUGCAAGCUGCUGUGCAGGACAAGGACGAAGAGAUUGCACAGUUGCGGGCGGGAUUGGAGUCAGCGAAGGGGAAAAUUCGAGAAAUGCAGAGGCAAAUCCUAUUGUCGAAGACGAAUGACGUUGACUUCCUUACCAUCCGAGAUGAAGACUACUUUGACAACGCCUGCCAACAACUCUGCCACCAUGUGCAGCAAUGGGUGUUGCGCUUCUCGAAGUUUUCUGAUAUGAGAGCCUGUAGACUCACGAGUGAGAUCAACAAUGAUAAGACAAUUGAUCGACUUGACAAUGCCAUAUUGGAUGGUUCGGAUGUGGAUAACUAUCUUGCGGAUAGGAUCAAGCGCCGAGAUGUGUUUAUGUCGAUGACAAUGACCAUGGUGUGGGAAUUUAUCUUCACACGCUAUUUAUUCGGCAUGGACCGAGAACAGCGGCAGAAGCUCAAGUCCUUGGAGAAAUUGCUUUCCGAAGUUGGACCGCCAGCAGCAGUCCACCACUGGCGUGCCACCACUCUCACACUUCUAUCGAAAAGAGAAGCGUUCAUCCAACAACGAGGACAAGACACGCAAGCCGUUGUCCACGCUAUAUUGGAGACAUUGAGUGAGAUUCUACCACCGCCCAGUCAUCUAGAAGAUCAAAUAGAGGAGCAAUUACAGAGGGUGAUGAAAGCAGCCGUGGAUCUCUCGAUAGAGAUGCGAACUCAACGUGCGGAGUAUAUGAUGCUCCCGCCCCUGCAGCCAGAAUAUGAUGCGAACGGCGAUCUCGCCAGUAAGGUUUCCUUCAAUGCCGCGCUGAUGAAUGAACGCAGCGGGGACACGACGUCCAACGAGGAGUUGGAAGACCAGAAAGCCGUGGUGAGAAUUGUUCUCUUCCCGCUGGUGGUCAAGAAGGGCGAUGAUCGGGGCGAUGGCGACGAGGAGAUCGUGGUCUGUCCUGCACAGGUACUGGUUGCCAAGGCGAAGAAAUCGGUCAGGGUGUUUAGCCCUGAGGAUAUGGCACAUCAGAAUAGCUCCAGGAUUAGCAUGCAGAGCAGUAUGCCCGCAGAUUAUGGGGAGCGUGAUGGUAGCGUUGUUUAG